UCUCCCUUCGCACUUUCCCGCCUAGGCCGCGAGUAGUCUCAUCAACUCCAACAACCACCCGCCGUCGACAACCACCACCACCCCCUCCCUUCAUUCUUUUCAGUCUCCUUCGUCCCAGCAGCCAAUAUGUCGGAGACGAAGCAGUUUGGAAAGGGCCAGAGGACCGUGCCGGCUCAGAAGGCCCAGAAAUGGUACCCCGUUGAUGACGAGUCGCAGCCCAAGAAAGUCCGCAAGGCUGUUCGUCCCACCAAGCUCCGGGAGAGCCUUCAGCCCGGUACUAUCCUGAUCCUCCUCGCCGGUCGCUUCCGUGGCAAGCGUGUUGUCCUCCUCAAGCACCUUGAACAGGGUGUUCUCCUCGUCACCGGUCCCUUCAAGAUCAACGGUGUUCCUCUCCGCCGUGUCAACGCCCGCUAUGUGAUCGCCACCAGCACCCGCAUCGACAUCAGCGGCGUCGACGCUCAGACCGUCGAGAAGGUCUCCACUCCCGACUACUUCACCAAGGAGAAGAAGGCCGAGAAGAAGACCGAGGAGGCUUUCUUCAAGCAGGGAGAGAAGCCCGAGAAGAAGGUUGCCAGCGCCCGCGCCAGCGACCAGAAGGCCAUUGACCAGUCCAUCCUGGCCUCCGUCAAGAAGGAGAACUUCCUUGGCAGCUACCUCGCCAGCACUUUCAGCCUCCGCAACGGUGACAAGCCCCACGAGAUGAAGUGGUAAACGUGCGACGCGGCGGCCGCGGGUUCGGUAGUUAUUGUGGAGGAAUUCAUGUGAGGGGCGGCUUGAAUGCGGAUUGGCAUUCCCAAUGUGGGAAGCGCUUGCAGCGCAGGAGGAACAGCUCAUGAAAUAUGUAACUCGAGUCGGGCUCCGUCUUUGCUCCUUAGGAUUACGGUCAAUUCGGAAAACCGGUUGUUAUUUCUGUUUCACGAUCAGUCUCUCCUGCGUCGCCAAUUCGCAGGACCUAUAAAUGAGCC